AUGAAUCACAAGGAUCCAUCAUUUCCUUCAUCGAGAGGCCAAGACCAGCGUCGAAAGCACCAUGGAGUGCCACUUGAGCAAUAUGCCCGUGCUGGUGCGACCGAUGCCUUCCGGAGCGACUGUUGUCAUGCGACAAUCUCGCCACAGAAGGCAACAGGGCAUGGUCGUCGCGAGAUGACCAAGGGUGCAUAUAGCCCAGGGCCCACAUACGAUUCUCCCUCUGAACAUUCUUCGGAGGAGGAGCUCAUGGAACUUGAUGACAACAACAAUGCGUCUUCAACGGACUCAGACAGAGGCGAGAGUCCUCGUGCCAGUACCACUGCCAUCUUGGGUCGAUUAUCAUUAGAUCAAGCUCGUAGCGGCAACACAAGUCCGCAACGACAGCAACAGCGAGGCAUCUUGAGCGCCGCGGGCCAUGUCACCAAACGUCGAGCCAGUAUCGAGCUUAGCAGGCCAGGUGGACGACAAUCGCUGAAAUGGUCCGGUGGUGCCAAAGUCGCCGAAGCACUGCGGAGCCCUGAAGUACCGCCUAAGCAUCAGCGACGAAGUCCAUCAGAUCGGCUCAACUUUCAUCGGACCACGUCAGGCGAAGGCCUCGGAAGACGGAUGAUGGAGGCCAAGUGUCAUGUGAGCCCGUUUGCUCAAAGUCACGAGAGACUGAAAGAAUUCCCUGUCCGGAAUGACUCCGGUUAUGUUCCACAUCCUUCGGGAAUGAAUACAAGCUCUUGUGUCCAAGGUGCCUCUGUGUCUCCAGGUGCUUCUGUCUCACAGGGUAUCGCAGAAGAUGUUGGUCAACUACGGUCGAAAGGACGAAAACAGCUGCCUCCUCAUGGUCGAUAUCCGGGACUGAUCCUCCAGCCCGACAGCUCCCCGAUCUCCCAAGAACAGCUUGCUGCUGAGGUGAAGGGCAUCUAUGCUGGGCUUGUGAUGGUGGAAGCUAAAUGUAUUAACAUUGAUGCUGCUCAAGCGGCCGAUCCUAAUUCGCAACUUGGAGCAGAGCAGUGGCAAGCGUUGAUAGCAUUACACCGUACUCUCCUUUACGAGCAUCACGACUUCUUAAUGGCCACUCAACAUCCGUCUGCUACACCGGCACUUCGAGGUCUUGCCACCAAAUACAGCAUGCCUGCGAGAAUGUGGAAGCACGGAAUACACGCAUUUCUGGAGGUCUUACGCCAUCGCCGACCUGGGAGUCAAGACUACAUGCUCGCCUUCAUUUAUCUGGCCUAUCAGAUGAUGGCCUUACUUUAUGAGACUGUCCCAACCUUUACAGAUACGUGGAUUGAGUGCCUAGGAGACCUGGCGAGAUAUCGCAUGGCCAUUGAAGAGGAGAAGGAAGCUCACGCCAUAUGGGGAGGAGUGGCUGCCCGCUGGUACAUCCUGGCUUCCGACCGUCAUCCAGCAAUCGGUCGCCUCUACCACCAUCUUGGGAUAUUGGAGAGACCCAGCUUGCGCAAGUUGUGUCUGUACACCAAGUCUUUGACUUGUGUCAUACCGUUUCCAAACGCACGGGAUUCACUAUUGACACUGUGUAACCCAAUCGUCCAAGACGAGCACACAGUGCAGACCAGCUUUCAAUCAGCCGAAGCUCGUAUCGUCACGUUUCACGCCUUGAACUAUACUGGGAACCAUGAGCGUGUCAUCGACCUUGGACGCUCCGAUGCGCUUCGCCUUCUGGUCGAACAGCCUACGAAGCUUCGAGAAUUUGGUGCCUAUUUCGCCAUCACGAAUUCUGCAGCGAUUCUUGAAUAUGGAUCGCCUACCAACCCAUUGGCUCAGCAAUACUCCAUGAUCAUGAGUACGGUCAUGCAGAAAGGUAGACCUUCUGGCUCAUCCAACCACCCUCCCUCACCAUUCGGCAACAACAAUGACACGCCCGACGCCCAAGCAUUCCUUUUCGGCACAUCUUUCUGGAUCGAUAGUUUCAACCACGUCUUGCAACAGUACAACUUUGCCACCAUCCUGGACAACGCUCUCGGCUUCCUUCACGUCAAUCUUGUCUUUCUGCAUAGUCUGCAUUCUUUACGCCUCCGCCUACUUAAUAGUCACCCCCAACAUACGUUUCGGAUGCCGUUCAGCACAGGGCGGUUGUCUUGGUCUGGUUUGGCGUCGUUCUUGAAUGCUUUGCUACAGCAUUAUCCGAUCAGUGCUCGCAUUCUGGAGUGUUCCAGGCAAGGCGUCUUCCUGUCGCGCGAUCCAAAGGUCGCGGUCCCUCCACUGAGCGAAGACUACCUCAUCCGGGGCCUCAGCUGGACUCAAUCCUACUUCCCUGCGGGUCUGUUCGACGCUCAAUGCGAGGAUGAUGGAAGGGCUAUCGAGACUUCUGUUAUGCAGGAUGCCAGAGCUGAAAGAGUAUUGUGGCUGGCACUGUACCUUGCCUUCCACACUGAGGAUCUGCAGUACAACCUGAAGACGAAGACUUUCUCAGGUGGUAAUCCUGCUCGACCACAAAGCCAUGCAACGCCGGUCCACUCUGCAGAAGCGGAUGUCACUGUAGUAUAUACAGACCAAGUCUCCUCGGCCGAGUCUCCAUGCUCUCGAUCUUCGCGGACAGCGUCCUCCAGCCCCGAGAGUGACGACGGCUUCACGCUCGUCAAAGUACCCAAUUCACAGCAGGGAAGGGCGUCGCCGCGUGAGACGAAAGGCAGGAACGUGAAUGCUUUCGGAGUUGCUCGGAAAGGCGGUGUUACAGGUGAGGAGCGUCGCUUUCGGGGCGUGAUGGAGGAUAUACGUAUGGGCGGCUCAGGACAGUGA